GCCCAGUUGUUUUAGGGUGCGAAAAAAUGCAGUGCGGCGCGGCGAGUGGCUUAUAUAUUACGACAGAGGGUAUAAGCAUGACCAUCAUUCAACGUUCUCUCUAUUUGUCGUUGUAGCGCCGCAGCCAGCGGUUGAAUUUGGAAAAAGAUGUCUCACCGGAAGUUCGAGCACCCGAGACAUGGUUCCCUUGGCUUUCUCCCAAGGAAGCGAGCUUCUCGUCAUCGCGGAAAGGUGAAGGCUUUCCCAAAAGACAAUCCUAGUCAACCAUGCGGGUUGACUGCUUUUGUGGGCUACAAGGCUGGAAUGACCCACAUUGUUAGAGAGGUUGAGAAACCUGGAUCAAAGCUUCAUAAGAAAGAGACAUGUGAAGCUGUCACUAUCAUCGAAACUCCUCCAUUGGUUGUUGUUGGAGUUGUGGGAUAUGUGAAGACACCUCGUGGCCUUCGCACACUGAAUACUGUUUGGGCUCAGCAUCUAAGUGAAGAAGUCAAGAGACGAUUUUAUAAGAACUGGUGCAAAUCUAAAAAGAAGGCUUUUACCAAAUAUUCAAAAAAAUAUGAAACUGAGGAAGGAAAGAAAGAUAUUGAAUCUCAGCUUGAGAAAUUGAAGAAGUAUGCAACUGUCAUUCGUGUUCUGGCUCAUACUCAGAUAAGGAAGUUGAAGGGUCUAAAACAGAAGAAAGCACAUUUGAUGGAGAUCCAAGUUAAUGGUGGGACAGUUGACCAGAAGGUGAACUAUGCAUAUAGCUUCUUCGAGAAGCAAAUCCCAGUGGAUGCUGUUUUCCAAAAAGAUGAGAUGAUAGAUAUCGUUGGAGUGACUAAGGGUAAAGGUUAUGAAGGUGUCGUAACUCGGUGGGGCGUCACUCGCCUUCCUCGAAAGACUCACAGGGGUCUAAGGAAGGUUGCUUGUAUUGGUGCCUGGCACCCUGCUCGUGUUUCUUUCACUGUUGCCAGGGCCGGUCAGAAUGGAUAUCAUCACCGCACUGAGCUGAAUAAAAAGAUCUACAAGGUUGCCAAGGCAGAUCAUGAGUCCCAUUCAGCCAUCACUGAAUUUGACAGGACUGAGAAGGAUAUUACUCCUAUGGGUGGGUUCCCUCAUUAUGGUGUGGUGAAGGAUGAUUAUAUUAUGGUGAAGGGAUGCUGUGUUGGACCGAAGAAGCGGGUUAUCACUCUUCGUCGGUCUCUUCUCAAGCAGACAUCGCGGGUGGCUCUGGAAGAGAUCAAACUCAAGUUCAUCGACACCUCGUCCAAGUCUGGACAUGGCCGCUUCCAGACCACUCAGGAGAAACAAAAGUUUUAUGGUCGCUUGAAGGCAUAAAUUUUUGUUUUGGAGACAACUUGUGAUGAAAAUUUUGUUGCAAAAUAAGACAUUUAGUGGUCUUUUUAUUUAUUUGAGUCCGACCUAUUAUUCUCAGAGUUGUUUCUUUUAGUUGCUUUGAACAACAAUUGCAUUUUUUCCCUAUUUUAUUAUAAUAUCAGCCACAUUUUUAUGGUUAGUACUUAAUAUCGUAUUAAUUUUCAAA